GAUGAUGCAGAUCGGGUGGCCCGUGCAUUCGCCAAGGAGUCUCGAAAUGAAGAGAUCCUGGACCUUCAGAAGCACAUAGACGAAGACACCAGAGAUGUGCUUUGUGUUGCAGCAGCGAGGAUGACCAUCCUGCUUCAGGACAAGUCUCACUUCCUCCACCAGGCCAAGGCUGCAGCUUCUCCGCAUAAA